AUGUUUGGCAAUAGAAGACUCUUUUACUACGAAGUCGUGCUGCAGCGCAUGUGCAGCAGCCCCUGUAGCAGCAGCAGCAGCAGUAGCAGCAAAAUGGCUAGUCCAGGCGCUGCUGGGGCUUCAAACUGCAGCAGCAACAGCAGCAACAGCUUCACAACUCUCGAGACUAGAAAUAACGCCAUUAGUAGCAGCAGCAGCAGGCCCAGCCGGAAUAGCCUGAGCAGCAGCAGCAGCAGCAGCAGCAGCAGUAGCAGGAGCAGCAGCAAUAGCAGCAGCAAGAGUCGCUGCAAGAAAAGCAAGAGCAGCAGCAGGAAGGCCCGCUGCAGGUCACGCAGCAGCAGCUGCAGCAGCCGCCCCUUUAAGCUCCGGGUUUACAGCAGCAGCAGAAGCAGCCCUCCUUCGCAGCAGCAGCAGCAGCAGCAGCAAGUUCCUACGGACAGUGCCUUUGCUGCUGCAGUUUUUCCAGAGGUGAAGCGGCUCGUGCUGCGCCUUGCGCACAAGGCAGCAGCUGCGGGCACAGCCCCUGCGUCCCCACCCACAGCAGCAGCAGCAGCAGCAGCAGCAGCAGCAACAACAGCAGCAGCAGCAGCAGCAGCAGAUCCGGGAUAUGAAGAGCGGUCUGUUGAGCUGCCCUGGCAGUUCGCACGCAGCGAAAAACGGCUGAGGCGUUUUGUUGCUUCUUUGUUUGGCUUGGAGCUGGCAGCAAUCCUUAGUCUUAAGACUGAAGAAGGUUUCUCUUUGCCUCUUCACUGGGAUGCUCUGAAGACUGGCGGCUGUUAUUACCUUGACUUGCGGGUGCAGGGAUCUCCUGCUGCUGCUGCUGCUGCUGCUGCUGCUGCUGCUCAGGCUAUUCCGGCUGGGCCUGCUGCUGCUGCUACUAAUGGCGUUAUUUCUAGUCUCGAGAGUUGUGAAGCUGUUGCUGCUGUUGCUGCUGCAGCUGAAGGGGGAGCAGCAACAAAAACAGAUGCUUCUGCUGCUGCUCGAGCUAAGGAGCCGCCAACUGCAGCAGCUGCUGAUGCUAUUGCUGCUGAUGGCGACAUUUCAGAAGCAGCAGCAGCAACAGCAGCAGAUGCUGCUGCUGCUGGAAUGAGUUUGCAAAAGAAGUCGAGGGAGUCGAGGCAGCUGCGGCAGCAGCAGCAGCAGCAGCAACAGCAACAGCAGCAGCAACAGCAGCUGGAGAAGCCGCAGCAGCGAAAGGAGGGACGAAAGCAGCAGCGACAGGAACCACAAGAAGAGCAGCAGCAACGGCAGCAGCAGCAGCAGCAGCGACUUCCAGGGGCAGGUUCAAACGCUCAGAGGCCGUCUACUCUAGAAGAGAAGCCAAAGGCAGCAGCAGCAGCUGCUACUGCUGCUGCAGCAGACAGCAGCGCCGGUGUGGCUGCCGCCAGCAGCAGCACUGUCGUUUCGGCCGAAGCUCCGCAACGUGUAUCACAAACAGCAGCCGCAACAGCAGCAGCAGCACGAGCAGCAGCAGCAGCUGCUGCUGCUGCUGCUGCCAGCCAAGGCAUGCUGGCGGUGACGGCGCCCGUGACUCGUCAGAUUGUUUGGAUAAAUUGGGGGCAGCGGGAUUCUGAAGAGAUGCCCCACAGCAGCAGCAGCAGCAGCAGCAGCAGCAGCUGGGGCAGCAGCAAACUGGCUUUGGGGAGCUGCAGCAGCUGCGUGAGCGGGAGCUGCAGCGGCUGCUGCUGCAGCGUUUGUUUGGCUGCUGCGAAGCAGCAGCAGCAGCAGCAACUCCUGCGUGGGGUGGCGCUGCUGCUGCUGUGGGCCGACGCGCAGCUGGGGGGCUGCGGGGAAAUCUGCUUCUCUGCAGAGGGCUUGGCAGCAGCCUUGUAUUUCUCUGGCCCGCAGCAGCAGCAGCAGCAGGCAGCUGCAGCAGCAGCAGCAGCAAAAGCGCGCUGCCAGAAAACCGCUGAGCAGGCGCUAGCCCGGUAUUUGCUGCAUGUGGUCUUCCAUGGCCCUGUUCAUCAAUCUUUGAGAGCAGCAGAAGCAGUAGCAGCAACCAAAGCAGCAGCAGCAGCAACUGCAACACGAACAAGAGCAGCACAAGUUGCAUCAACGCGGCCUCGCAAAGUCAGCAACAAAAGCAGCAGCAGCAGCAGCAGCAGUUGUCCAGCAGCAGACACACAUCUUGAACCUGCUGCUGCCUUUGAGGAACUCCGCCGCGUCAGCAGAAGGCCCUCUGAGCCACACUGGCUGCAGCAGCUGCUGCAGCAUCUAGCUCUGAGCAGCAGCAGCAGCAGCAGCGAUAGCCACAGCAGCAGUGGCAGCAGCAGCAGCAUCAGCGGCGGCGCCAGCAGCAACGCAGUUAAAGUGCUAGCUGCCUGUAGCUCAGGGAUGAGGGAAACACUUAUGAGUUUUUUUGUUAAUGAGCUCGCGAGCAGCAGCAGCAGCAGCAGCAGCAGCACAGCGCAGUAUCUGGCAGCACAUCGCUGCUGCACUUUACGUCCGUUUGACUAUCGUGCUGCUGCUUUUCCCAGGGAGUCCCUGUUGCUGCAGCGACAGGAGCUGCGCUCUUGCGCCUGUGCGGCUGCUGCUGCUGCUACUGCUACUGCUCCUGCUGCUGCUGCUGCUGCUGCUGCUGGGCAUCGGCUUUGCUCUGUGACGACAGCCGAAGAAGAGGCGUUUGAAAAUGCAGCUGUAGAUACACUGGGCACUCUGCUGGGGCAGCUUCUGGGGGCCACAAAGUUGCUGCUGGAGUUAGCCCGCAGCAGCACCAGCAGCAGCAGCAGCAGCAGCAGCAAACUGAAUCAGGUUGAGGCUGCUGCUUUUCGGGUUGAAGGGACGCUUGCUGCUGCUGCAGGCCAGUUUUGCUGCGCGGUUCUUUGGUUGAGGGCAGCUCAACGCGCGCGCCGCCGCAUAAAGAUGCUGCUGCAGGUGCUGCAGACGCCGGACCAAUUAGCAGCAGCAGCAGCAGCAGCAGCAGCAGCAGCAAAAACGUCAGGCUCAGAAGGAGGCAUCGCACAGCAGAUGGUGAAGCAGCGGGAACGGCGAGCAGCCUUCAUCCGCCUAUUGAAGACCCAGGCAGCUUCUGCUGCUGCCGAUGGUAUCAGUGACAGCUGCAGCAGCAGCAACAGCAGCAAGAGCUGCGGCAUCAACAGCAGCAGCAACAGCAACAGCUCGUGGCCCUUGAGAGUUGCAGCAGGAGAAAGAACCCAAAUGGUGGUUGUGCUGCCGCAGCAGCAAUUGGCAGUAGAUGAGGGCUGUCUUACAGAGGAGCUGAAGCAGCUUGAAGCUGCCCUGCAGGGCGACAGCAGCAGCAGCAGCAGCAGCGACUCCAGCAGCAGCGGUAACUGCAGAAGAGUCAGAAGCUCUGUGAAGGAGUUGAGGCAGUCCUUACAUCCCCCGUGGGCAGUUCUCGAAAGCCUCAAGUGUGGCGCAAGCAGCAGCAGCAGCAACAGCAGCAGCAAUGGCAGCAGCAGCAGCAGCAGCAGCGUCCAGGUGGCAUCCAACGUAGUGGUGCUGCUGCCAUUCGCCCCUCCCUCGAAGUGUGGGGCCCUGCGGUUUGCUGAGGAGCUGAGGGCAUUUUGUGCGGGAGUAGCUGCAGUUCUUGAGCUGCAGCAGCAGCUGCAGCAGCAGCAGCUGCCGCUGCUGCAGCAGCUGCAGCAGCGCCGAACCGCGGGCGUCUCCACGUCGGUAUUCCUUUGCCUGCCCCCUCCCGUCAGCAGCAAACCUCCCACAAGCACCAGCGACAGCAGCAGCAGCGGUACUAACAGCGCUGAAGGCAGCAGCAGCAACAGCAGCAGCAGCAACAGCAGCAGCGGCUGUGGCACGGCGUGCUGCAUGCAGUGUCGCAUCUCGUUGGCAGAAGAGGCAGCUUCAAGGGUUUUAGAAAGCCGCUUGCGGGGAGGCCAGUGCAGCAGCAACAGCAGCAGCAACAGCAGCAGCAACAGCAGCAGCAACAGCGCAGCAGCAGCAGCAGCAACUGAGUCUGCUUCAGCUAUACGGGCACCAUCUCUGGACAUUUCUCUUGCUGCUGCAGCGCUUUGGCUCGCCGCUGGAGUGCCGCUGCGCGGCUCACUGCAGCCACCUGCAGCAGCAACAGCAGCUGUUUCUGCAGCAGCAGAAGCAGCAGCAAGUGUUCCUGCAGCAGCUACUGCUGCUGCAGCGUAUGAUUCUGCUGCUAAUCGCUCAGAGCUGCUUGCUUUGGGGCGUGCUGCGCUCGCUGCCGUGCGGGCUAUUCACAAGAGGGACUUGGAGCUGCAGCAGCAGCUGCCGCUGCUGCUGCCUUUGGCCUGCAGCAAGCUGCAGCAGCCCGAAGCAGCAGCAGCAGCAGCAAAGUCGUCUCCGUCCUUCCCGCUUCAGGGGUCCCUUGAGAUCCGCCUUGCAUGCGCGCAGCAGAGCACAAGCAGCAGCAGGUGCUGCAGCAGCCGCAGCGAGGCUGCACUCCUGCUGCUGCAGCAGCAGCAGCAGGCAAGGCGGAGCAGCACAGACAGCAGCAAGGAGUUGGCGAGCUUGCUGCUGCAGGCAGCAACGGACUGCGCUGUCUCCUUUGCCCUGCAGCAGCUGCUGCAGACGGCGGAGACCCUAAGCCCAGAGCUGCAAAUGACCUUGCUGCAGCUGCAGGCCGCGCUGCAGCAAACUGGCUGGAUGUUCAGGAGUCUCCUCUACGAGCCGUCGUGGGUGGAGUUGUGCAGUCUGGCGGAGAUGCUGCAGGCUCAGCAGCAGCAGCAGCAGCAACAGCAGCAGCAGCAGCAAGUGGUGUGCCUGAGAGUCAUGGGCCCGCAAACGAUCCUCAACGGCAAAGGCCUCGACCAAGUGACCCUCGUGGAACGGCGGCUUCUGCGGGUGGUGCCGCUGGCAGCAGCAGCAGCAACAGCAGCAGCAGCAGCAGCAGCAGCAGAAACUGCAGCAGCAACGGAGGACACAACACCUGCAUCUGAGGACCUCAAAGGGGGAAUCGCGCUGGAGCUUCUGAGUGUCUUUGUCUGCUGCCGCCUGUCCUAUGCGGAUGCGCAGCAGCUGCUGCAGCAGCAGCAGCAGCAGCAGCCGCACCCACUGCUUCGCUUCUACUGGCUAAUGGGCGCGUUGCACCCAGUGCCCGUCGUGCUGCUGCGGCACCCAUUGGCCGCGCGAUAUUCGCCUUGCUGCUGCAGCAGCUGCAGCAGCAGCAGCAGCAGCAAGUUUAAUGAUAGGGGCAGCAGCGACCUGUUUCUACUUGCUUCCGCCACGGGCCUGCAAUGCGGCAUUGCUCUGACAGCUGCGGAAGCCUCCCGUAUCCUCUCAGAGAGACGGCUGCAGCAGCUGCGGGACUCAUUUGCUGCUACAUUUGCUGCUGCUUGGAGCCUCCGCGAGAGCGCAGCGCUGUUGGAUGCAUGCGCUGUGCGGCAGCGGAGCCGCGAGGACUCAGCAGCAGCAGCAGCAGCAGCAGCUGUUGCUACUGCUGCUGCUCUGGACGAAGCACGCUGCAGCGCACAGCAGCAGCAGCAGGAAAUGCAGCAGCAGCGGGACGAAGGGGGCUUCAGCUCGUUGCUGCGGUGGACCAGCAAGCAGCAAAAGCUGCUGCUGCUUACUGCCGUCCACUGCUGCUGCUGUGACAGCAAGUCUGCGUGCAGCAGCAGCGGCGACACCGGAGCAAGCAGCAGCAGCAGCAGUAACAGUUGCUGCUGCAGCUGCUCCGGGGCACUCCGCGCCAAGGAAGCCAGCGCGUUCGCCUUGGCAGCAGCAGAAUGCUCUGGUGUUCUCGCUGCGCUGCAGCUGCCGCCAGCAGCAGCGGCUGCUGCUGCUGUCCAGUGCCUGCCGUGUCCCAUCAGCAGCAACAGCAGCAGCAGCAGCGCUAGCAACAGCAGCGGCAGCUGCAGCAGCAGCAGAAGCCGGAGGUUAGCGCAGCAAGGCUCUUUAGCCAAGCCAGAGCAAGGGGAUACAAGCAGCAGCACUUCCGCAGCAGGCAGAAGCAGCCCCACGUGCAGCAGCAGCACCGACGGCAGCAGCAGCAGCAGCGACAGCAGCAGCAGGGUUUCAUUGCCUCUGGUGAUGCGAAGCGUUGCGGCGCUGCUGCACGGGGCGGCGAGCAGCUCUGAGGCAGGAGCAGCAAGCAGUGCUGCAGCAGUAACAAGUUGGGGAAAAGUAACGGCGGAGAAAGCAGAAGCAGCAGCAACAGCAGCAACAGCAACAGCAGCAGCAGCAACAGCAGCAGGAGGCGAAUUUCGGGACCCGUUGCUGCAUUGUCUGCAGCAGGUGUGUGGCUGCCAAGGCCGUCGGGCAGGACUGCCUCAGCCAGUGCUGCUGCAUGUGCUGCCGGAGGCCCAAGCUGCUGCUGCUGCUGCCGCUGCUGCUGCUGCUGCUGCUGCUUCUAAAGGCGGCGGUCACCGCAGCAGCAGUAGCAGCAGCAGCAACAGCGAGGACCCUGCAGCAGGAGAGUGGGUGUUGGGCUGGCGGGUGCCGGAGGCAGCAGCAAGUCUUCUCGUCGAUGCUCUCAGCAGCAGCAGCAGCACUUCCAGCUUGCUGUGGCGGCAGCAGCUGCAGCCACACACAGCAGCAGCAGCAGCAGCCGACAAGCUAGCUUUUCACUGGUAUGAACUGCACAAGAACCAGCAGGAUCAGGCCCCGGCGGCGCUGCAGCUGCAACAGCAGCAGCAGCAGCAGCAGCAGCAGCAGCAGCUGACGCGCAGGCAGCAGAAAUAUUUAGAAGACACACCCUGGCGCUUUUUGCUGCACAGCGGAAUAACAUUUGGCGGGUUUGUGGGGGGGAGGUCUCGGGUUUGUAUUUCCCGAGCAAUGCUGCGGGAGCUGGCCGACUGCCUGCAGCAGCAGCAGCAGCAACAGCAGCAGCAGCCGCAGCAGCAGCAGCAGACCAACGCCUGGACCAACUGGCACUCUCUGGGUAGUGCUGUGGCCGUGCUGCCGCUGCUGCGUCGCAUGAGGGAGCAGCAGGAGCAGGAGCUACAGCAGCAGCAGCAGCAGCAGCAGCAGGAGGCUUUGUGGAGGAGCUCGGAGCCGCUCGCUCAGCAGAAACGGCAGCAGCAGAAACAGUUGCUUUUUCGAUUCCCCUGGGGCUCCUCUGCAGAGAUGUUGCUGUUGCUGCUGCUGCUGCUGCUUCGUGCUGCUGCUUUCCUGCAGCCCUGGAAGAUGCGGCUGCAGGGUUGCUGCUGCUGCAGCAGCAGCUGCCGCUUCUUUGUCAAAAGCAAACGGCAGCUCGUAAUUGACAUGAAGACUUGUCAUUUGUGUCUCUUGGAUCAGGUCUUUGUUGCUAGCUGCUGCCCAGUGAGUCAGCUGCAGCAGCGGCAGCAGCAACCGCGGCAGCAGCAGCAAGUGCCAAGGCGGCAGCAAGCGCAACAGCAGCAGCAGCACGAGGGGCAGCAGCAGCAGCUGCACCAGCUGGGUCAGCAGCAGCAGCAACAGAAGCAACUUGACGCAUCCAGCGCACUUGCUGCUCAUGCAGCACCAGCAGCAACGCGAACAGGCGCACCCUCCGCUGCUGCUCCUGCUCCUGCUGCUGCUGCUGCUGCUGCUCCAGUUGCUGCCCGGGUCGCCGUGGAACGGCUCAUAGAAAACGUGCAGCGGCCGAACAGCCGUAAGACAGCAACUUCGGAAGCAGCUUCGCCUACUGCUGCUGCUGUUGCUGUUUCUGCUGCUGCUGCUGCAUGCUCUCCAUCUGGAUUUGCUCCGACCUCAGCAGCAGCGCAUUCACUACAACGGCCGUUGCAGCAGCGACACGAAAAUCUCAGGCAGCAGCAGCAGCAGCAGCGGCAGCAGCAGCAGCAGUACCAUGGCAGGCAGCAGCCGCUGCAGCUGUUUCCCCCUGUUGGCGAAUCAGCCGCCGUUCCCACUCUGUGUGCAGCAGCAGCAGCAACAGCAGCAAGCGCCGGUGGCAGCAACAGUGGCAGGCGUGCUGCUGCUGCUUUUAGGACAGCAGCAGAACUUCCUGAUGCUGCGGCUGUUGCUACUUCUCCUCAGAUGCCUGCAGCACACCGCGUUGCUGCUGCAUCUAGUGGUUCUUAUGCUAAGGAGAAGGAACAACAAUCGCCCCGUGCUGCAGCAGCUGCAACAACAGCAGCAGCAGCAGCAGCUGCUGCUGCUGCUGCGGAGUCCGAAGACGAGCUUGUAGUUUACAUAGACACAGAGAGCGACAUUGAUACUGCUGAAAAUGCCCCGCAGGCAGCAGCAGCAGCAGCAGCAACAGCUGCAGCAGCGCCUGUUACCAUAGCAGCGCCUGCGGGCUCCAACCAGCAGCAGCAGCAGCAGCAGCAGCAACAGCAGCAGGCCAGCAACGCAACAGAAGCCCGUAAACCACUGCUGGGAGAGCUCCGAGAGCAGCAGCUGCAGCUGCGGCAGCAUUUAAUGGGAAAGCCACGGUCUCCGCAGCAGCAGCAGCAGCAGCAGCAGCAGCUGCAACGGUUGCAGCAUACCAAGGAGCGAAGCCCUAGACCACAUCAAACGUCUCCGCAUGAGACACUUCAGCAACCGCGGCAGGAACCGCUGCUGCUGCAGCAAAAGCUACAGCUGCAGAAGCAGCAGCAGCAGCAGCAGCAGCGGGAACAGCAGCUCCUUGCUUCCGUCUCUAGAUCGCAAAUACAGCGCCAACUGGGCUCUCCAGAAGCAGCAGCAGCAGCGGCAGAAGCGGCAGCAGCAGCAACUGCAGCAGCAACACCUGCAGCAGCAGAAGAGUGUGACUGCAGCCAAAGGAGGCCGAGCAAAAGUGGUCUGAAGCGGCAGCAAGCCCGCAGCAGAAGCAGCAGCAGCAGCAGCAGCAGCAGUUCGCCGCAGUCGAAAGGACCAGAGACAAUUGCUGCUGCCAAUGCUGAUGCUGAUGCUGAUGCUUCCCCUGUAAUUAUUACCUUGAGUGACUCUGACACUCCAGAUGACCAGCAGCAGCAGCAGCAGCAAUGGCAGCAGCAGCAGCAAGGGCAACAGCAGCAAGACUGGUUAGGCUUGCAUUCAAGAGGCGCUGUCUCUGCUUCUGCAGCGUCUCUCUCUCCAGCGUCUCGAAGUGGGGCAGCAGCAGCAGCAGGGGCAGCAGCAGCAGGGGCAGCAGCAGCAGCAGCGACUAGAAGGAAGGACGGAAGCGCCUCGGGUGUUGCAGCGGCAGGCUGUUGUGCUGCAGCAGGCCACGCAGCAGCAGCAGACACAGGAGCAGCGACAGUAGCCACGAUGACGGCAGCAGUGACGAAGAAGCAGCAAGUGGAGCAGCAGCUGCUUCAGCAGCAGCUGCUGCAGCAGCAACUGCUGCAGCAGCCGGACGCUGGCCUAGGUGGGGAGCCCCGUAGGCGCGUGCUGCUGAACCCUGAGCAGCAGCUGGAGACUUUGACAUCCCGCAAGAGGCAGCAGCAGCAGCAGCAGCUGGUGCAGCGGCGCAGCACCUACAAUGACCACAGCAGCAGCAGCAGCAGCAGCAGCACUGCUGCUUCCCAGGAGCAGUUUUCAAGCGAGUCGCUUGAGCACUGUUCUGGGGGGAGCCGCAGCGGCGGCAAAACAGUCCGGGGUUUGCUCAUGAGUUACAAGAAAGGCGGGGUCCUGUAG